ACUGCCCGAGAGUUACAGCCCCAGUGCGUGGAGGCCGCCUGGUACAGCUGGUGGGAGAGGGAAGGGUUCUUCAGGCCCGAAUUUGGGAGGUCCCUGCAGACCCCCAACCCCCGGGGGCAGUUCGUGAUGUGCCUCCCCCCCCCCAACGUGACGGGGACGCUGCACUUGGGCCACGCCCUGACCGUGGCCAUCCAGGACACGCUGGCCCGGUGGCACAGGAUGAGGGGGGAGACCACGCUGUGGUGCCCGGGCUGUGACCACGCCGGCAUCGCCACCCAGGUGGUCGUGGAGCGGCGGCUGCUGCGGAACCGGGGCCUGACCCGGCACCAGCUGGGCCGGGAGGGCUUCCUGAGGGAGGUGUGGCAGUGGAAGGACGAGUGAGAAGGCGAUCGCAUCUACGAGCAGCUGCGGCUCUCGGGAGCCUCCAUGGACUGGAGCCGGGCCUGUUUCACCAUGGACCCGUGAAAAAUGAGCAGGGCCGUGGUCGAGGCCUUCGAUGCGGCUGCACGAGGGGGGCUCAUCUAUCGCAGCCGCCGCAUGGUGCACUGGAGCUGCUCCCUGCGCUCGGCUAUCUCUGACAUCGAGGUGGAGAAGAAGGAGCUGGGGGGCCGCACCCUGCUGAGGGUCCCGGGCUACGACGAGCCCGUCGAGUUUGGGGUCCUGGUGGCCUUCGCCUACCCCCUGGAGGGGGCUGGUAAUGGGGGGGGGGGAGGGGAGGAGCCCGAGGUGGUGCAGUGGCCACGACGCGGCUGGAGACGCAUGCUGGGGGCGUCGGCCGUGGCCGCCCCCGCAGGACCCCGCUACCAGGACCCCCGCUACCAGGGGGUCUAUGCACCCCCAGGACCCCCGCUACCAGGGAGGUCUGUGCACCCCGAGGACCCCCGCUACCAGCACCUGCGUGGCCGUCACGUCCUGCACCCCCUGACGGGGCGGCGGCUGCCGGUGCUGCACGACCCCUUCGUGGACCCCCAGUUCGGCACCGGGGCCGUGAAGAUCACCCCCUGCCACGACCCCGUGGAUUUCGAGGUGGGGCAGCGCUGGGGGCUGCGCGGGGACCCCGUCAUCGCCGAGGACGGGCGCAUGUGCGGGGUGCCCCCCCCCUUCGAGGGCAUGCCCCGGUUCAAGGCCCGCACGGCGCUGCUGGAGACGCUGAAGGAGCGGGGGCUGUUCCGGGGGGUCACCGAGAACCCCAUGGUGGUGCCCAUCUGCAGCCGUUCCAAGGAUGUCCUGGAGCCGCUGGCCGUGCCUCAGUGGUUCGUGAAGUGCCAGGCCCUGGGCGGGGCCGCAGCCGCCGCCGUGCGCAGGGGGGACCUGAGGCUGCACCCCCCGGGCCACGCCCGCACCUGGUACACCUGGAUGGACAACAUCAGGACUGGGUGCAUCUCCCGGCAGCUCUGGUGGCACCGAAUCCCCGCCUACUUCGUCACCAUCGACGACUCCAAAGUGCCCCCGGGCAGGUCAGGGGAUGGUCAGUACUGGGUCAGUGGCCGGACGGAGGACGAGGCUCGAGCCAAAGCGGCCGCAGCUUUUGGGGUCCCCCCCGAGAAAGUGACCCUGAGACAAGACGAGGACGUGCUGGACACCUGGUUCUCCUCCGGCCUCUUCCCCUUCUCCAUCUUCGGCUGGCCCGACCCUACCCCCGACCUGGAGCUGUUCUACCCGGGCUCUCUGCUGGAGACGGGACACGACAUCCUCUUCUUCUGGGUGGCCCGGAUGGUGAUGCUGGGGCUGGCCCUGACAGGGAGGCUCCCCUUCCGAGAGGUUUACCUCCACGCCAUCGUCCGCGACGCCCACGGACGGAAAAUGAGCAAAUCCCUGGGGAACGUCAUCGACCCCCUGGACGUCAUCAGGGGUGUGUCCCUGCAGGAGCUGCACGAGCAGCUGGAGAGCAGCAACCUGGACCCUGCGGAGCUGGAACGCGCCAGGGAGGGGCAGAAAAGAGACUUCCCCGAGGGGAUCCCCGAGUGCGGGACGGACGCGCUGCGGUUUGCUCUGUGUGCCUACACUGCCCAGGGCCGGGACAUCAACCUGGACGUGGGGCGGGUUUUGGGGUACCGGCACUUCUGUAACAAGGUCUGGAACGGGGCCCGGUUCGUGCUCAGGGCGCUGGGGGGUACCGACCCCGACUCCAAGACCUCCUCAAAAUCCCACCCUGACCCUUUUAACCUCCCCUGUGCCUCCCAGGGCCGUGGGUUUUGGGGGGUCCCCGAGCGCUGGAUCCGCAGCCGCCUCAGCAGGGCCGUGGGGGCCGUGGGGGCCGCCCUGGGGGGCUUCGACUUCCCCGGGGCCACCACGGCCGUGCACUCCUUCUGGGUGUACGAGCUGUGUGACGUGUAUCUGGAGUGUGUCAAGCCCACCCUGGCCCGAGCAGCAGCCGCAGAGUCCGGGGGGGCCCCCCCUGAGGGCGAAGGAGACCCCCAGGACGGGGGGGAGGAGGAGGAGGAGGAGGAGGAGAAAGGUGACGUGGAGGCCGUGAGGGACACGCUGCUGGCCUGCCUGGGGGGGCUGCGGCUCCUGGCCCCCUUCAUGCCCUUCCUGAGCGAGCUGUGGCAGAGGCUCCCCAGGGACCCCACGCCCCCAUCUGCCUCGCCCUUCCCCGAGACCACCGAGUUCUGUUGGCAGGACGAGGAGGCCGAGACCACCAUGGAGUUCGUGCUGGGGGUCGUGAGGACCCUGAGGAGCCUCCGGGCAGCCCACGGGCUCACCCGCCAGAGACCCCCCUGUUUCCUGCAGGUCCCUGACCCCUCGUGGGGUCCCGGGCACGGCGGCUACCCCAGGGCUGCGCUGUGGGCGUGGCCAACGACCGCUGCUCCGCCCACCUGCUGCUCAAGGGCAUCGUGGACCCCCAGGGAGCUGUCCCGGCUGGGGGGGCGGCGGGAGGAGCUGCAGAAGGCGCUGGGGAGGCUCCGGGAGCGCAGGGGGGGCCCGGGGUACCCCCACAAGGUGCCCCCCCACGUGCAGGAGGCGGACGCUGCCAAGCUGGCCCAGCUGGAGUCGGAGCUGCAGAACGUUCUGGAAGCCGAGGAGCUGAUGAGGAAAAUGCUGUGA